AUGGCCCGGGAGAGGCCUCCCCGGAGGGGCUGCGGCACCCUGCGCCGGUGUCUACUCGGGGCCGCGCUGUUGCUCGGCCUGCGGCUGUGCGCGGACCUGCGGCGCGCCGGGUCCGGGUCCCCAGCCCGCAGCGCCCUGCCGGGCCCGGCCUGGAGGCCACCUGGGCCGCACCUGCAGCCUGCGCCGGGCUCGCCGCGUGGCGCCAGCAGGAGGCAGGUGACCUACGUGCGCAGUGGGCGCCCGGCGCCGCCGGGGGGCGGCGGGAGCGGGACGCCGGAGCCUGGCUGCUGUGCCCCGCGCGGGCGCCCCCGCCGGAAGGGUCCGCGGUGGCAUAUAGAUCUCCAGCCUUGGGCAGGCCCUGCUCAGUCCCUGGAUGAAGAAGCCUGGAGGUUCCUGAGAUAUAUCAGCACCGCCCAGAUUGCAUGCAAUCACAUGAAUACAGACAGCCUGGCUACUGACUCUAGUCCUACACACAAGCCCUGGUCAGUGUGUCUUGACGACAGGUUCAAUUUAGCUCAUCAAAUCCGCAUCAAGCAGUGCCGCCUCUACUCCUUAGGGCUGGGAAGUGAUGAUACCCAUUUUGAGGUCAGCAUGGCUAACAAUGGAUGUGAAGUGCAUCGUUUUGAUCCUAGUGUCAAGUCAGCUCACAUUCUGGAGAGUCAGCACCUUUGGUAUCACCGCUUGUCCAUUGACUGGCGGGAUCCCCAUCCAGCUGUUGCUGCCCAAAAACCACAUAGCAACACCAGAAAACUGGGAAGCAUUUUGAAUGAAUUUGGGCAUCACAAGAUUGACGUUCUCAAGGCAGAUCUGGAAAGUGCAGAAUGGAAAGUUUUGGAAAAUCUUAUUCUGGAAGAUGUUCUUGAGCGGAUUGGACAGCUCAUCUUUGAGAUCCAUCUCCACUGGCCUGGGUUUGAGGUCAGUGGCAGUGACAGCAGCGUCGUGAGGUUCUGGUACAGCCUUCUCAAAGAGUUAGAACAAAAGGAUUUCAGGCUUUUUCACAGUUAUAAAGAUUUAUCUAAACCUCAGCUAUUCUUGAAGAAAGACAUUUUCAAUGCAAGUAGCUGUUACACUCUGAGUUGGGUGAAUACAAGAUGGAAAUAGGAUGCAGGAUGUCCUCAAGAGCACAAGAAAAUAUUUGAAGAAUGGAGCAUGUCCGCGAUUCUAAUCAUGAGUUUACUCAUCCAGUCUCCCGCUAGCCUGUGCCCUGCUUGAGGCAGGGAGUGUGUUAUUGCCUUUGCAGUGCAUGCAGCCUGGUGCUUGGCAUGUGAUAGGGGCACAGUUAAUACUUGUUAAAGGGAGGAACACAGUCACCCCUAUUUGCCCAGACGCUUCCUUCACCGUAACCUGGAAGAUUAUCCCCCAUUCAUCUCAGUUUUCCCUAAAAUUCUCUGUGUAUCUGUAAUCUAUGAAUUCACCAACAUUGAAAUGAAAUUAUAUACAUUUCCUUUUUUACUAGGUUGGUGAGAUUUUUAAGUUCUUCGCCUACUGUUUAAAAUGGGUUUUAAAUUUGAAUUUGACUCUGCUUUUUCAAGAUUUUUCUUAUUUACCUUGUCAGUGAUAUUCUUUACAACAUUGUUGAUUUCAGUCAUUCCUUCUCAGCCUUUGCUGAGGCCGUGCUGUGGCUUUAUAAGCAGCAAUACUUCUGAUUUCUGGGAAUUCGGAUGCACCAAAUUCUGUCACUGAGUUAAAGAGACUAGACUAUCAAGAGUUUCAACUCGAAGGUGUAAGUUCCAGUUCGAGACCAAGUCUGAAGGCAGGAGACCCAUGUCCCAGCUUGAAGACAGCCAGACAGAAUGAAUUCUUCCUUACUCUGCCUUAGGUUCUAUUUAGGCCUUCAGGUGGUCGAAUGAGGUCCACUCACACAGAGGUGAAGAAUCUGCUUUAUUCAGUCAACUGAUUUAAAUAUUAAUCUCAUCUAGAAAUAUCCUCAUAGAUAUACCUAGAAUAAUGUUUAACUAAAGAUCUGGACGCCCUUUAGUCAAGAUGACACAUGAAAUUAACCAUUGUAGGUAGGUAGAUGGAUAGAUAGAUAGUUAGAUAUAUAGAUAGGUUUUCCUACUGGCAUGUUUCACCAUUUUCUUGAUUCACAUAUUCUUGUUUCCAUCUGGCUCCUUCAGUCUGUGCUCUCCUCGCUGAAGUAAGUCCUUUAAUGCUUACUUCAUUAUGAGUCCAUGAGUGAUAUGGUUUGGCUAUGUCCCCAGCCAAAUCUCAUCUUGAAUUGUAGUGCCCAUAAUACCCACAU